UCAUCAAGAAAAGAGGGUUUUGUUUUGGUUUUUGAGUAAUAGGUCUCAUAUACGUUUUACGUGUUGACACUUGGAAUGUCAUUUUCUACGCACUAAGAUAUUAAUAAAUUAGAAUAUGAUCCAACUAAAAUAUUGUCUUAUGAUAUACCCGUUCGUAGGCCAAUAAUAGAAGUAUUUUUCUUCAUACUUGAGACUCAUUACAUAAAACGUAUUUGUUUUGUUUAUUUCUGUCGUUUGUUUCGAUCACAUAGGUCACAGUCAGCCGGAAUCCUAAGUUCAACCAUUGUGGUUUGUUUUUCACUCUAACUACUGCAGUUUGAAGCUGAAUCUUUAAUUAGCAAUCAUAUUAUGUUCAGCAGCGGAGUGGCUGUCAGUGGGUUAGGAGGUAUUUUAAGACCUACCAUACAUCGGACGUGGAAGCCGUUGCUGUACUACUCGGUGUGUUUGGUGAGGAGGGGAAGCAGUGUUUGCAGUGAAAGGAAAUAUUUCAUCACAACGCCAAUAUUCUAUGUAAACGCUCAGCCUCAUAUUGGACAUUUACAUUCGGCCUUGUUAGCGGAUGCUUCCCAUCGGUUCCAGAUUCUUAAGGACAAAUAUGGGCUUAAGAAAACUUUGUUUUCCACUGGCACUGAUGAACAUGGUUUGAAAGUUCAGCAGUCUGCUGCGAACAAAGGUGUUCAUCCCUUAGAAUUCUGCAACGAAAUAUCGCAGAAAUUUAGAAGUCUGUUUGAUGCAGCCAAUAUUGGAUAUACUGAUUAUGUCCGAACAGUUGAAGAAAGACAUGUCAAUGCUGUUCAUCACUUUUUCCGAACUUUAUUAGAUAGAGGCCACAUAUAUCAAGGUACUUAUAGUGGGUGGUACUGCAUAUCUGAUGAAGCAUAUCUUACAGAUGUACAAGUAAAGGAAAUCACGUUGCCAAGUGGUACCAAGCAGUUUAUCAGUAUUGAAAGUGGACAUCCUGUGGAAUGGAACAGUGAAGAAAAUUAUAUGUUUAGGUUAUCAAGUUUUCAUGAAGACUUACAAUACUGGUUAAAGGAUGAUUGUAGAGUACAACCAAAACGAUUCUUGGAGGAGUUAAGAAAAUGGUUGGAAGAUGACCUCAAAGAUUUAUCAGUAUCCAGACCGAAAGAUCGUGUAUGUUGGGGUAUAUCAGUUCCAAAUGAUGAAAACCAUAAUAUUUAUGUGUGGGUUGAUGCUUUAGUUAACUACCUUACUGUUGCGGGUUUCCCAAACUUAACCUCAUGGCCUCCAGAUGUGCAGGUGUUUGGAAAAGACAUAUUGCGUUUUCAUGGAAUUUAUUGGCCUGCACUUUUGAUGGCCGCUGAUCUGGAACCUCCUAGAAAGUUACUUUGUCACUCACAUUGGACAGUUGAUGGGCAGAAAAUGAGUAAAUCACUUGGUAACAUAGUAUGUCCAUAUAACUGUUUAGAGGCUUACUCUUCAGAUGGGUUAAGAUAUUUUCUCUUAAGAGAAGGAACCCCUCAUUCUGACAAUAAUUGGAGUGAUGUACGUGUUGUACGCUUAUUGAAUGCAGAGUUAGCCAAUUCUCUAGGUAAUCUCCUGAACCGAUGCACUGCUCCAUCACUUAAUCCGAGCCAAGAAUUUCCAUCCCUGAAUCUGCAGUACUUGCAGAACAUGUCUGCAACAGGAAAGGAAUUAAUUGAACUUGUACAUAACCUUCCAAAAGAAGUAGAAAACCACUAUGAAAAUUUCAAUUUUUAUAGAGCUAUUGAUGUCAUUAUGGCAGUUGUACAUUCAGCAAAUAAUUAUGUUCAAGAUGAAAAGCCAUGGGAACUUAAAACAUUAACAGAUAGAACGAAAUUGGAUUCUAUAUUGCGAAUUACCCUAGAAACAGUGCGUGUGGUAGGCAUUGCUCUUCUUCCAAUUACACCAGAAUUAUCUAAUAAACUCUUAAAUAGUAUAGGUGUUAUGCAACAAAAUAGAUAUUGGGAAUGUAUAGAAAAUGUUUUUUCCAAGGCAAAUGAAAAGUAUUUGUGCAGUAGUUUCAAAUUAGGUUCUAGAACCAAGUAUUUUACAAAACUGAAAGUUUAAUUUUGUACAGCAGUAAAGUUUCUAGAUGGUAAAACCUAAUGUACUGCUAAUUAAUAAUGUUUCUGGUUAUCAUCUUUGUUAAUUAUAUAGGGUAAACAAUUGAGUUUGUAAGCACUUUGUACUUUUAGUAAUAACUUGACUUGCAUUUAGAUUCUCAGAUAAUAAAAUGCCAGUUAAUUAUUCUCAACGAUGUAUCUUUCCUAAUGUUUGUUACAUUUCUAAAAUUUUCAGUUUGUAAUAUGUUAUCAAUUUUUUUUUAUUAUUUUGAUGUAAAAAUCUGCAUUAAUAAAUUGUGAUAAACUGUAUUUUAUACAAUUAAUUGUUUGCAUUGUGACACACUGUUAUUCUAAUAAUAAAAAUUUUUUAUUAUG